AUGCAGGGGAAGAAGCCGGGCGGCUCGUCGGGCGGCGGCCGGAGUGGCGAGCUGCAGGGGGACGAGGCGCAGAGGAACAAGAAGAAGAAAAAGAAGGUGUCCUGCUUCUCCAACAUCAAGAUCUUCCUAGUGUCCGAGUGCGCCCUGAUGCUGGCGCAGGGCACGGUGGGCGCCUACCUGGUCAGCGUCCUGACCACACUGGAGCGGAGGUUCAACCUGCAGAGCGCCGACGUGGGCGUAAUCGCCAGCAGCUUCGAGAUCGGGAACCUGGCGCUCAUCCUCUUCGUGAGCUACUUCGGAGCCCGCGGGCACCGGCCGCGCCUUAUCGGCUGCGGUGGCAUCGUCAUGGCGCUGGGCGCGCUGCUCUCGGCUCUGCCGGAGUUCCUGACGCACCAGUACAAGUACGAGGCCGGCGAGAUCCGCUGGGGCGCCGAGGGCCGAGACGUGUGUGCCGUCAAUGGCUCGGGCGGCGGCGAGGGUCCAGACCCGGACCUCAUCUGCCGGAACCGGACAGCCACCAACAUGAUGUACUUGCUGCUCAUUGGGGCCCAGGUGCUCCUGGGCAUCGGUGCUACCCCAGUGCAGCCCCUGGGGGUCUCCUACAUCGACGACCACGUGCGCAGGAAGGACUCCUCGCUCUACAUAGGAAUCCUGUUCACAAUGCUGGUAUUUGGACCAGCCUGCGGAUUUAUCCUGGGAUCUUUCUGUACCAAAAUCUACGUGGAUGCAGUUUUCAUUGACACAAGUAACCUGGACAUCACGCCGGACGACCCCCGCUGGAUUGGAGCCUGGUGGGGUGGCUUUCUGCUCUGUGGUGCCUUACUCUUCUUCUCCUCCCUCUUGAUGUUCGGGUUUCCACAGUCCCUGCCCCCGCACACAGACCCCGCCAUGGAGAGUGAGCAGGCCAUGCUCCCCGAAAGAGAAUACGAGAGACCCAAGCCCAGCAAUGGGGUCCUAAGGCACCCCCUGGAGCCGGACAGCAGUGCCUCCUGCUUCCAGCAACUGAGAGUGAUUCCGAAGGUCACCAAGCACCUGCUCUCAAACCCCGUGUUCACCUGCAUCAUCCUGGCUGCCUGCAUGGAGAUUGCAGUGGUGGCCGGCUUUGCGGCCUUCUUGGGGAAGUACCUGGAACAGCAGUUCAACCUCACCACCUCUUCUGCCAACCAGCUUCUCGGGAUGACUGCGAUCCCAUGUGCCUGUCUGGGAAUCUUCCUGGGCGGUCUCCUGGUGAAGAAGCUCAGCCUGUCUGCGCUCGGGGCCAUUCGGAUGGCCAUGCUCGUUAAUCUGGUGUCCACAGCUUGCUACGUCUCCUUCCUCUUCCUGGGCUGUGACACGGGCCCUGUGGCUGGAGUUACUGUUCCCUAUGGAAACAACUCAGCAGCCAGCUCAGCCCUGGACCCCUACUCGCCCUGCAAUAAUAACUGUGAAUGCCAAACCGACUCCUUCACUCCAGUGUGUGGGGCAGAUGGGAUCACCUACCUGUCUGCCUGCUUUGCUGGCUGCAACAGCACGAAUCUCACCGGCUGCGUGUGCCUCACCACUGUCCCCCCUGAGAACGCGACUGUGGUGCCUGGGAAAUGCCCCAGCCCCGGGUGCCAGGAGGCCUUCCUCACUUUCCUCUGCGUGAUGUGCGUCUGCAGCAUGAUCGGUGCAAUGGCGCAGACGCCCUCCGUCAUCAUCCUCAUCAGGACAGUCAGCCCUGAACUCAAGUCUUACGCCCUGGGAGUUCUUUUUCUCCUCCUUCGUUUGUUGGGCUUCAUCCCCCCACCCCUCAUCUUUGGGGCCGGCAUCGACUCCACCUGCCUCUUCUGGAGCACUUUCUGUGGGGAGCAGGGCGCCUGCGUCCUCUAUGACAACGUGGUCUACCGAUACCUGUACGUCAGCAUCGCCAUCGCGCUGAAGUCCUUCGCGUUCAUCCUCUACACCACCACGUGGCAGUGCCUGAGGAAAAACUAUAAACGAUACAUCAAAAACCACGAGGGCGGGCUGAGCACCAGUGAGUUCUUUGCCUCUACUCUGACCCUAGACAAUCUGGGGAGGGACCCUGUGCCCACAAACCAGACCCAUAGGACAAAAUUUAUCUAUAAUCUUGAAGACCACGAGUGGUGUGAGAACAUGGAGUCUGUUUUAUAGUGACUAAGGAGGGCUAGACUCUGUUCUAGUAAUCUGAGGGUCAUUUUUCUUAAAAAAAGAAAAAGCGUUAAAAAAAAAUACACACAGAGACACAUGCACACACACACGUACACACUUGUACAGACAUACACAAGCCCUUACCCACACACACUCGUACAGACAUACACAAGCUCUUACCCACAUGCACACACAUACAUACACAUACAGGACCUCUGUCCUUUUUCUCAAAAUCAGAGCCAGACAGGAUUCAGAAUAAGGAGAGGCUGGGAUCAUGUGUUUGCCAUGCGGCCGGGGUCACGGAGAACGUGCGCACUGCUGGGGCCCAGAGUCUACUCUUGGAAGGCACCUCUCGGUUUUCAGGAUGCCAACAGCUGCAAGCAACAGGCACUGCCAAAUUCAGGGAACAGUGGUGGCCAGUUUGGAGGACGGACAUUUCCGGAUAUACAUACACAUACAAAACAAAAAACCAACAUUAAGGAAAAAGUCUACUAAAAAAAACAAAACAACCACACACAAGUUGACAGCAUGGCCAGGACAAGCACUAGUGACACACCCCAUUCCCCCUCUCCCUCCACGCUGGGGUGGGGAGGCCCACCCGCCGAGGAGUGGGAGCCCCAUUCCUCCCUCUAACUUCUGCAAUAUGGGUCACUGUGUAGACGACUCACCCGGUCUGCAUGUGGUUCAAGGCCCCAGAGUUCUCUCAGCGAUGCUAAUGGGUGAUCCGUGCUGGAGUCUGUAAUUGGCACCUCUCACCAGCUCCAUUUCCAUGUUCAAGACUGAGGGUCUCGGGGGGAGCCGAGUGUGGGGGGCGAGCACCCAACCUCCCCCCUGCAGCACCCCCAGUGGUGGGCACCCACUCCCCCCAGCCCCACAGAGUGACCUCAGGAAGCACAGGGCCUCACCUGGCUAUGACUGACUCCGCUCAGAGCCGUUGAGACCCAACCUAGUCCAAGACAUUUGCUUACGUUUGCCAAACAUUUUGCCAUUUUUUAAAAAGAAAACAACGCAUAUGAAUUUCAAACUGUUGUAUGUAUUAUCCUCUAAUACAAUUUUUACUACUUCUAAAAUCUGUGUUAACCCUUCCGUCACUAACACAGUUCUCUAGGCCGAAUUUACUACGCUGGUUGCUUUUACUUUUCUCCUUUUUUAAUGCACCAAAAAAUAUAAUGUGAUUCAAGGGAUGCAGUUAAUCUAUUGUAAUUUUUAUCAUUUUAUCCUCAUUCAGAUACUCUACAAAAACAGUAAGAAAAUACAAUGUUACAAGAAGGGGUGGGUGGGGGGUAUGCUUCAAAAAGAGAGUGGAUAUGCAGCCUGCCUUUAAAAGAAUCACAUUUGAGACAUCAGGGGAUAAUGUGAUGAAUUGCAAAUUUGCCUUCUCGCUUUAUUCCCCGUGAUUCAGUGAUCACUGUCAUGGGAAGGCCUUUUAUAUUCACACUGCACAUUCUGAGAGGCGUGCUUUCCAGCUGGUGGGGGAGACACACUUGGUUGUGGGAUUGUGUGUAUGGUUUCAGACUCGGUGUGGUGAUUCUGGGGAUAGAAAAGAGAGAGAGAAUGGUUCCCUGCCCCAGCUGUUGAGCAGUCUGUGGUGAUGAAUAGACCGACAAGCUCCUGGAAGCUCCCACAUGUCCCGUGCGUGAAAACGUCAAUGAUGUUUUCAGGGUCAAUCUUGGACUAACGAGCCUUUGUCUCUGUGUUUUGAAAGUGGCUGAAUCUUGAACAGCUAGAGAAUAAACCUGUCAUUGUUUGGGAUAAGAAUCAUGUGGGAAAACCUUUUGCAGCCAGCAGACAAAGCCUUAUAAAAACGCUGUUUCCAUAAGGAGACAGAGCUUAAGUGUGCGCGUCAUGCGCACAGACACACAUACACACACACUCUGACAGAAAGCCCAGUUAAUUUGCCCUUCACGCUUCUUUGAUAGUCCCUGGGUGGCACAAACAGUUAACACGCUCGACUGCUAACCUACAGGUAGGAGGUUCAAGUUCAGCCAGAGGCACCUUGGAAGAAAGGCCUGGCAAUCUACUUCCAAAAGAUCAGCCAGUGAAAACCCUAUGGAACACAGUUCUACUCUGACACCUAGAGUCGCCAUAAGUUAGAGUCAGCUGGAUGGCAACUGGUUUGUUUUUUGGUUUGUUUGCUUUUAUGCUUCUUCAGUGACCUCCAUCCAUACCACACUGCUGGCCCUGGAAAAGACCUGAAGGAUGGUUGGUUGGCUGGUUUUUGCACCUCAGACAUAAAUUUGCAGUACACCCACACAACAACAACAGAAUCAGGGAAGAGAAGGGGGAGGGCAUUGUGCCAAAUUUUUACAAACACUGCAAGCGGGGAGAUUUGAGAGACAGCCUAAAACUUGAGAAAACACCAAGCAAGGACGAUCGAAAAAGAAGCAUGUGUCGUGGUGCCGUGCCACCGUGAUCAGCUGCCUGGGACAGGAUGCUUCUGAAACAAGGCUUUCAUCUCUUUAGUGUUACCCUGUCUUUGUUUAUGAAAAUGGGGGCACUCAUCAAUAUGUUAACAACUGAAAGGGGGCCGGUGCUCCCACAGGUUCGUAAAAUAUGUAUGCUCUGUCGCUUCUAAGACUUUGAUAACAUUCUGUAAAUGUCUUGGUUUGGUUUUGAAAAUGUAUUGCUAAUAGAUCACUGCCCUCUUAUAUAUUAUUGCGUAGCUCUCCAGACUCAGUGCACACACAUUAAGGCCCUAAGACCUCGCGUUUUAUGGGGCUAUUUGCUUUAAAAAAGAACAUUUUCUGUAAAACUCUUCGUAUUUUGGAUUUUUUUUUUUCCCUAAGAUUCUAGGAUGAGUGAGAAUAAGAUGUUCGAAUGACAAAGGAAAACAACUCCAGGGCUAAGUUUUAUCAGCAAUUGGACAUAAAUUUUAAACUCCUCUAUUUCAAGAUGGCUUUGAAGUGUAUUGUGCCACCUUUAAAAUGUUAAUUUCUCUCUCAUACUAAAGAACAGAAAACCCACUCUAGUUUUAAUUUUUCUUUUGUGCUACAAAGAACCAUUGUACAUAUAAUGCUAUUAGAUCCAGCCCCUUGGUUAUUUGGUUCUGAAUGGUAUUUUGAAUGGAAAGAUUUUUCUGGUAAGCUCUCCUUUGAACUUAGAGAAAACAAAAAUGUGAGGGAUGGAAUAAACCUAGAAAGUGAAUGUUAGAAUUCUCUCUCUUCUGCUGCAAACUCCUCCACCAUGUAGUUGAACAAGCCCAGGAAUGGAUUAAAAAAUCUCUCUUGGCUGCAAUUUUUGACAGAUCUUUUUAACUCCUACAUAAACCAAGACAUUUUUACCAAUAUUAUUCCUGCGUCUGUGGUAAACACAUCUUGUAAAAGUGUCUUGUCUCCAGGGAACAGGGUUUGCUGUCUUUCUUAAGCUCAGCUGUGCAGUCAGGGACGACCGCAGUCUUGUCCCCUCUCCAUGCCUCCACAGAAGGAAGGCAGUGAGACACCAAGGCACCCUUGGGACACUGUAGCUCCAGAAGGCCACAGCAUGAGGGUGCUCCUCGCAGCUCCUCACAGCUAAUGAAGGAGCCAGAGAAGCCUCCUCUCACCGUCCCUCAGGAGUUUGCGCUGAACAGAUGAAAUAAUAAGGAGAAACCGACAGCUAAGACUUGAUUUGAAAGAGUUCCUAAUAUCUUCCAAGAAGGAAGCAAUGUGCUUCUCCAUAAAAAUAGCUUAUUUUUCACCACCUUAACAGUGGAACUCUAAUGAUGAUUUUAAAGUUUGGUUAUACGAUGUCUGUAUAUUCAAGUCCCCUGAGUCCACGUCUCUUGUCUCAAAUAAUGACCUAAAGCUUCUCCUCACACAGACGUGACAAGAUUUCCCAGCUCUUCCUGUCAGAAAGCCCACAGCCUGAGGUAACCCACAGCCUGAGGUAACCCACAGCCAUGUUCCACACAGGGCAACCAGCAGGCCCCUGGUUAUGAGAGCCACACUUCUCCUGAGGAAUUUUCUCAGGAAAAAGACACUCCUAUGGUUGCUAAUGGAUAUCAGCCACACCUUCUGAAGGAAGCCACUCAUUGAGGAAAAAAAUGUAGGAAAAUACUUAAGAAGGCCCAAGUUUUCCAAGAGAGGGCACCAGUGAAAUUCAGCCUGGAAAAUAGUUUGGGACCCAAAUAUAGUCUUUAUCCUCCUCUUCUUCCCUUUUCUCCUCAUUCAUUACUCCCCAUCUCUGCCAACUCAUCCCAAGCUCCCACCCUGACCAGCUGCGAGAACCCAGUCGCUCAGAGCAACUGGCCUUUUGACAGGCUAUGGACUCUGUCACGCACAGCGGUGUUAUCUUUGCUCAAGAGUCAACUGGAAAGGCAGAAGAAUCUGAUUGGUGGAAUAUGUGAGGGAGAUAUUUUUGUUCAGUUAUGGGACCUGCUGCCUAGGAUAGCACGUGACAUCCACUCUAAAUUCACACAGCCACCCAUCCCUGCCUCACAUUCGUCAGUGACUUCAACAACCCAGAGCUCUUGGUCAUCACAGCAGGGAGGACAUGGAUUAAAAAUCCUAAAAUGGGAAUUUCAGAAGAGCACAGCUUCUCCUGUACCUCUGAAAUCCCUGAUAGCUGUGGACUCGGGGACAUACCUCACUUCUCAGAGGCCAUCCACGUUGUAGCAAGACAUUGUAGGGUUAAUUUAAUUUCAGUGUGCAUUGUAUGAGCUUUGUAUUUUCCAAACAUUAAUUCCUUCAAUUCUUCAUUUUAAAAUGUGUGUAUGUGCCAGGCCCUGGACCAGAUACAAAGGUAAAAAAGACAUGCUCCCCACCCACGAAGAGCUCACAGUUUAGUGAGUCGGACAGACCUGAACACAAGCACACACAACAGAAUA